AUGAGUUCUACGAUGCUGCAGCUUCCGGAGUAUAGCGGCCUCUCUGUCGGCAAGUUCCGCACGAACCCCAUUACUCACAUCGACAACUCGACGCCCAGGAAGUUCUCCGACGAUGCUUAUUCCUCGCCAAUGUACCGAUCAAUCGUUCAUCCCGACACACCUCCAGAGUCCGUUUCGGGAAGCCCUAGAAUCAAGUUUGAGAGAUCGUCUUUGUCUCUCAACACAGAUUGCUCACCUAUCCCCAGACUUUCGAAUCUUGGAACUCGUUCCUUUUCGAAUAUUCGUCUGCCUAGCCUCGACGAGUUUGAUCAGGGUGUAGAGGCUCUUGCUAGAGCACAUGGCGGCCCAGUUCCCUCUUGGACUCCUGCUACCUCUCCCCACCCCAGCACCACCACCGCCGCUGCCUGCCGCCCAAUUCAUACUCAGCGUCUGCCAUCAAUUCAAUCCUAUGCUUCGCCAGUGCAUUCGCCCCAGGCGUGCUCUCCUGAAGAGACGUACUCUUUCUAUGGCCAUGGUGAUUAUCUGAUGCACGCACUCGAUGGCUACCCCAGCCCGCCUCCGGAGGGCGAGAACAGACACAUCAACCAAAAGUACACGACUGAAGAGGGAGACUUUAUCAUCUACGCUUGGCACGAUAAGAAGCUGAAAUGGCAACGCAUCAAGCAAGACUUUGCCUCGAUGUUUGGAAGGACACCAGAGCGUACCGUUCAGGGCCUGCAGGCCUGGUACUACCGAAUGAACCAGCGUAUCCCACUAUGGGAUAAGGAUGGCUGGCUGAUCUUUGAAAAUGAUGAAGAUUUGGAGCCUAAGCACAUCAGCAUCAAGUGCCGUGAGCGCGACAGCCAAGACCGUCCUAUGGAACCCCUGGGCCUGGCUCAACGAUACCCUGAGCGAGCUAUUAACUACAGUUGGGUGGACCCGGAAGUCAAGCGCAAAUCCCGCGACUGGGCUGCCAAACGCAUCAUGCAAUGCCGCGACCGUCGGGAGCGCCGCAAAAGAAAGGAGCAGCGCCGACUGAAGCUAUAA